GCAUUUAGAUGACCAAAGAGCAAACGCCAAACUACGCCAAACGUAUGCAAUUGCAUUGAAUUGCAUGCAACCUAUAUAUAGAUAUGCAUAUUUAGAUAUGUUCUGUCUUACGAAUGUUUAUUAAAAUUACAGAAAAAAAAGCAAUUACGUAGGCGUCAUUUAGCUGCUUUUAUAUUAUACGAAUGUUUACAGUGCGGCACGCGCAUUAUUUUGGAUCAGCACGGCAUCGCUUAUGUCGAACGUUUGUGUACCGUAUAAAUUAAGUUAUUUACAGACUUCUAAUAAGAAACAUAUUUAAAAGAAUAAUUUAAAAGUGGUUUAGUUGAUCGAAAUAUAAAAAUACAUUAUUGAUAGUAAUGUCAAAAAUCAGGUUAUUCGAUCUAUAAUUUGUUGGUAGACUGCAUAUCGAACAAUGUUGCACAAGGAGUAGUACUUGCAUCAAAGAAAUAAUUAUAUGCAGUUCUAAUAAUUAUAUCGUAAAAAAAUGGCGGAUCGUCUAACGCAAUUACAAGAUACCAUAAAUCAACAAGCUGAACAUUUUUGUAACAGCGUGGGCAUUUUACAACAAUAUUCUACCCCCAGUAAAUUUCCUGGUUUCGAUCGUGUAGGAACACCACAGCCGCAUCAACCUCAAGAAGAUUAUGCAGCAUUAUUUGCAACCUUAAUAGCAAGAUGUGCAAAAGAUAUCGAUACUUUGAUAGAAAGUUUGCCUAGCGAAGAAUCAUCACAAGAACUACAGGUCGCGAGUCUUAGUCGUCUCGAACAGGAGAAUCAAGAAGCCGGUGAACAAUUAGAAGAAGUUGUAAAGCAAGGAGAAGCGCUUCUACAAAGGAUUCAAGCUGCUUUGCAGGAUAUCGCCCAAAGUCAAUUAGAUAUGCAAGACCCAGCGCCUACGUCUAUAAUUAAUAUUAAUCUUAAUACAAACGUGAGUUUCAAACAGGACAGUGUGAAUUCUGUAAAUACAGUGCCCUCUAAUAACGCGCAUCCGUUGUCUGAACGAUCACCGAGUUCCAUAAAUUAAUGAUACAUUUUUAUAUUAAUUUAAUUACUCUAAAAAUCAUAAGAAAAUGGACUUUAUCGAGUGUGUAUACAUUGGACCUGGACAAAUUUUAUUUGAAAUGAAAAUAAUAAGUAACUAUUUACAAUAA